GAAGAAGUACUGAAUACAGGGCAGUUUCUCUGACACAGAUUAAUCCUUGUCAUUGUCUAAAAUGUAAUUGCUAAUUUGCUACGUGAGGCUUAUUUUAUCUAAUAUAAGUUUAGUAAUGGUUAGGUUGUUAUGAAUGCACCGAUAUAAGUGGACGCACGUGGCAUUUCCGCAACUUUGAAAAAAAGUACUUGUUGUCAUAGAGAUAGGUGACUUAUCAUGGACAUAACCCGUUUUAACAUGGACACUGCUCUCACCGUUUUAACAUGGACACCGCCAUUGAGGGCUUCCACCAUUCCAUCAUGGGUGGGGAUUCCUUUGAGUUAGGAGCAAUCAGCCAAUAAAGAAGAUGAAAAUGGACUACUUUAAAAUUGAGAGAGCCUCAAUGGCACUGCCCAUGCUGUCACAGACUCUAUAAUGGCACAGAUACAAAGAUGAGUCCUCUAUCUAGCUCUAUGGCCUGUUCACACUUAUCUCCAUUUUCAUUGGCUAGAAUGAUCACACCUGAUCUCGCCUGUCUUCCAUCUUUGAGGACAUGUAUUUCCAUUGUUGGAGUGGUGAAUCUACUAUCUUGUCAAUAUAAUAUACAAUCUUUGGUUGUAUCGGCCCGAUGUCUUGGCAAUAAAGAGAUUGUGUUUGUAACUCUUAUUGGGAUAGUCCCCACCAUGCGCGACACACAUCGACCACAUAUUUUAAUGGUGUAGGCGUUCUUUUCAGUGAAGCCAUUGGCUGGCUAGCUAGCUAGCUAUGUUCUUUGCUAAUUAGCUAGCUGGAAGUUGUGUUUUUGCUAGCACACUGGCACAAGUGGGGUCAUGCCUCCAGUUGGAGCCACGCCUCGCGGUUGUGUGAUUUGCUAAAGUUAAAUGAUGACAAAUACUUUACUCAAUAAGUCACUUCCAUAGAAUUCUAUGAUCACUCACACUAGGCCUAUUUUGCAUCGUUGACAUCCCAGGUUCAUAUGCGCUGUGCGCAAUAGCCUGGGAACGACGUUACUAUAAAGGGAAUAGGGUGCCAUUGGGGAUGCAACCUAAUGCAUACCUACUGCAUACCUACUGCAUACCUACUAAGCUCAGCUGGCCAACUGGCUGUAUUGUUAUGACUGAUUUGCUGUGUGUAACUUUGUCCUGUCUGUCUUUGAAUGUCUCUUGAGAAGAGAGGUGAGGGCUGUGAGAGUGAGGAGGAGAACCAGAGGGGAGCAGAGUGGUUCAGAGAUGGCUGAAGGACAUGCCACUGCCACUUAGUCAGGGACAGACCGAGUUGAAACCUUUGCCCGUCAUCUCCACCUCGUCCGAAGAUCUAUAGGUCCUCCCCGCUCCCUCUGACCACCUUUCCGACCACCUUUCCAGUGUCCAUCCUCGGUGCGCAGCGGGUUGCUCCCACACCGUCUCAAUGAAGGAGGCCGACGCAAUCAAGCUCUUCAUCGGGCAGAUACCCCGAAAUCUUGAGGAGAAGGACUUGAAACCGAUCUUCGAACAGUUCGGGAAAAUCUAUGAGUUGACGGUGAUAAAGGACAAAUACACGGGGAUGCACAAAGGCUGUGCCUUCCUAACAUACUGCGAACGAGAGUCUGCCCUCAAAGCCCAGAAUGCACUGCACGAGCAGAAGACGCUACCAGGGAUGAACCGGCCCAUUCAAGUGAAGCCAGCAGACAGCGAGGGCAGAGGGGAAGACAGGAAGCUGUUUGUGGGCAUGCUGGGGAAACAGCAGUCAGAUGUGGACGUGAGGAAAAUGUUUGAGGCGUUUGGGAGCAUUGAAGAGUGCACAGUGCUCCGCGGGCCUGACGGCACUAGCAAAGGCUGUGCCUUCGUGAAGUACCAGAACAACGCAGAGGCUGCGGCAGCCAUCAGCACUCUGCAUGGGAGCCGCACUCUACCGGGUGCCUCUUCCAGCCUGGUGGUGAAGUUUGCGGACUCUGAGAAGGAGCGAGGGAUAAGGCGCAUGCAGCAGGUGGCGUCCCAGCUGGGGGUCAUCAGUCCCAUGACCUUACACCUCGGGGCUUACAAUGCCUACACACAGGCACUGGUGCAGCAGCAGGCUCUGGUGGCCCAGUCGGCGUACUUAUCUCCUGUGUCCACCAUCACCAUGCAGCAGUUGGCUGCCCUCAACCCCAGCAGCCUCAUUGCUACGCCCAUCGCAUCACUCACUACCACCUCAGGUACCAGCACUCCGCCCACCAUGGCAGCCACACCAGUGCCUGCUCUGCCUCCACCACUCAGCUACCCUCCAGUGCCAGCUCCACCCAAUGGACAGUCAGCGUCUGAAACCCUGUACACCAAUGGAGUUCAUUCUUACCAAGCUCAGACUCCAGUUUUGGAUCCUCUUCAGCAAGCGUACGCAGGGAUGCAGCACUACACAGGUGGGGCAGUAGUGAGUCCAUUUGAGUCCUUAAAAUUUCCUGGAGGGAAUUUUAGGUUUGAAAUGCCCUCUCAACAGUCCUUAAUGUUUACCUAUGCAAACACACCCACAGCAACCUACCCUUCUGCAUAUGGAAUGGUGGGACAGCCAUUCCCACACCAACACACAAUGGUUGCACAGCAACAUCAGCAGCCUCAGCAACUGCAGCAACGAGAAGGGCCUGAGGGCUGUAACAUCUUCAUCUAUCACCUGCCUCAGGAGUUCACUGACUCUGAGAUGCUACAAAUGUUCAUCCCCUUCGGCAACGUCAUCUCAGCAAAGGUCUUUGUUGACCGUGCCACCAAUCAGAGCAAGUGCUUUGGUUUUGUGAGUUUUGACAACCCGUCCAGUGCUCAGACGGCAAUUCAGGCCAUGAAUGGUUUCCAGAUUGGCAUGAAGAGGCUGAAGGUGCAGCUCAAGAGGCCCAAGGAUGCCAACCGACCCUACUAAAUGAG